AUGGCUCCAACAUCGACACAAGAUUUCGAUGCUACUGUAUCCGCGCCGAUCUCUGGCGUCAGUUCGAGACUGGAGGCAGGCAUCUACGUUCCGACGGUAGCUUUCUUCAAGAAUGAUGAGGAAGUAGAUGUCGAAACGACGCACAAGCAUGCCUUGAGAUUGGCCGGCAGUGGCAUCAAAGGCAUUGGUUAG